GACAGCGCAGUUUGUUGGGUUGUGUUGCAGUUGUUGAGAUGUGCGUGUGUACGCUGGUUUGAAUGUAAUGGUUUGCGUGAGUAGCUGAACUCUCAGCGAAGUAUUGACGUUGUUAGAAAUUAAUGCAAGUAUGCAUUUGCGUGAGUUUUCGGCCGUUGGCCUCAUUCUUUCGGUUGUCGGUACGCUCGCCGCAGCGGGAAAUGACCAAAACGUCUGCACGGACAGCAUUAGAGACGUGAACGGGCCCGUCAUGUUCAGGAACACAUGGCAGAUGCGCCUUCCUCCAGCAGAAGGCGUGCACUCGGACUUCAUGUAUCUUUCUGUCUGUGAGCCACUGAGUUUUCCUGCUGGCUCUCCGGCUGCGGUGUGCAAUGGCAAGUCUGCGUGCCGUGUCACUGACGGCAAGGCGGAGGUGUAUGCAGAGUUCAGUGCCAAUGCUUCCAACGUAGUAGUGAGUGAAGGCUGGAUCUUUGUGAAGGGGAACCAGUGUGCUGGAAGCUCCAACACAAACUACAAGAUAUCCAUCAGAGUCAGCUGUGCAGCCCAUCUUGGAUCUCCAGAGUACUUCAUUGACAUGAAGUGCCAGCUGUUCCUCAUGUGGAGGACAUCUGCAGUAUGCGCUAAAAAACCUGGACGCACAGAGGUUCCUUGCACUGCCUACACUGACAGCGGCUUUCGUCAUGAUCUGUCGGGCCUGAUUAAAAGCGUAGGCGGAUACAUGGUGGAAACAACAGACCCAGCCACAAGUUUGGUCAUCAACAUUUGUUCUGACAUGGCAUCUGCUAAUGGCAUUACAUACCCUCCUAUGACUGGUGCCUGCAUACUGGAUGGCAAGGAAUGCAAGUCUGUUGGUCAGCUGGAGUCUGGCCUUCAGGCCAAUGGCUCUGGCAUCUAUAUUGAGUACGCUCCUAGUCCUGGGUUGACUCCGAGACCGGGCUGCACGGAGCCCCCCAGGACUGUUGUCCAGUUUCAGUGUCCACACCGUGAAAAGAGUCAUGCCCCACGGCUAAUUUCGGAUGUAAACUGCCACUACUAUGUCGAAUGGGAGACGCAGCACGCUUGCUCAUUGGAUCUUCUUCGAGCUGAUCCGGCUGACUGCAAGUUCACAAGCGAUGUUCAUGGCAUUGACAUUGACCUCAGCCCACUGCAGAAACAAGAUGGUUACCGCACUACCGAAACAAUGAUCAAUGGCACAAAGGCAGUCAUCAAGUACAAUAUUUGUGGUAAAAGCUUGGGCACAAGUCCAGUCGAGUGUGGAAAGAAGCGCAGCUUCAGGUCUGCUGUCUGUGCUGAGAUCAAAGGGCAGUCACUUUCACUGGGACAGAGCCAAGACCAGAUACUUCAGCUUGUGGAUGACGUAAUUACGAUGAAGUUCAAGGAUGGCAGUGAAUGUGAUUCGGCAGGGUCAAUGUGGUCGAGUGAAAUUCAUUUUGUCUGCAAUAAGAAAGGUGAUGAUGAGAUGCAGUACGGCUGGGUGGACCGUGAUGCCUGCACCUACCACUUUAUCUGGGAAACAGCUCAUGCAUGCCCGAAGACUCGGGGAGCUGACUGUAUUAUUGAGCACGAAGAAGUUCGGAUUGAUCUCAGGCCUCUCACGCGAUCUGGAGGGGAUGCUCCUUGGACUGCGUUGGGCAGCUUGAAGAGUGACAAUGAGAGUGUCGUAUUGAUCAACAUUUGUGAAGGCCUUGGCGAGACUGACGUUGCAAAGGAGUGCGGAGCCACAAGCGCAGUUUGUGUGAAGAAAAGCAACGGGAAGAGUGCCAUCUAUGGCACACAGCCAUCUAAGCUUGCAUAUGACAAGAGCAGCAAAACUGUCUCAAUGUCCUCGGAAGGUGGCCCUUGCUGGAAUGGCAAAAAUCUCCGAUCUGUGAUUAAUUUUAUCUGCAAACCAGGUGCCGUUUCGACAAGUCCUCGUCUCGUCCGGGAGGUAGAGUCUGAAUGUCUGCUGGAAUUUGAAUGGCACACUGCUCUUGCCUGCCCUCGUGUGUCACACAUUGGCCAGGACUGUAAAGUCUACAAUGAUGCCUUAGGCUUUACAAUCGACUUGAAUCCUCUGAAAAGCACUAAACCAUAUGCACUACAGCAUGAAGGUUAUCGCUUCUUUAUCAAUGUGUGUGGCAACGUGACUGACUCUCCAUGCACUGGCGAUGGCAAGAAUGUGAACACAUCAGUUUGCCAAGUGUCCAUUGCUGAUGGGCGUUUCUGGUCUCUUGGCCAGGUGAACUCUAAUUUGACCUACAUCGACGGAAUGCUGAACCUGACCUACACCAACGGAACCCCGUACAAUGACCCUGCCAGGACUCCCCGGUCAUCUAGCUUGACCUUUCUUUGCGACUAUGAAGCUGGCAUUGGCCAGCCCCAGUUUAUGGAUGAGGCCAACCGCACUUAUGCUUUUGUCUGGCGCACCAGCUAUGCCUGCCCACCCACUUACUUUGUGGGCUGCGUGUACAGGGAUCCUCGUGCGAACGUCGGCUAUGAUCUGUCCAGACUGAACCAAGCAAACCCUGACGGAGAUUGGAUAGCUGAGCAGCACGAGACGGACUACACUGCUAUGGCCUAUGUCAGCGUGUGCCGUCCACUAAGGCAUGCUCCACUGGGCUGUUCCUCUAAGGCAGCGGUCUGCAUCGUUCACACUUACCGGAAUGGAACGGAGAGGGUGGUGAUUGCAAACGCUGGCCAGGCACGUCAUGCCCCUCAGAACAUGUCAAGUCUUCUCACGCUUCAAUAUGACCAUGGUGACCCGUGCCCAUACAAGAAGAAUGCAACUUACAGUUCUCUUAUUCACUUUAUGUGCGACAUCAAUCAGCCGGAGCAGCUUCACUACUUGAAGAGCGGGGAGACCUGUCAGCACAAGUUCCUGUGGGUUACGCACAUGGCAUGCCCUGUGAGCCACCUGGAGGCACACGAUUCAUGCAUGUUGACUGACAGGCAGGGCACCACCUACAGUCUGUCAUCACUGCACUUGCAGGACAGCUUCUACACGGUCACGCAUGGCGACAUCAUCUACGAGCUGAAUGUGUGUGGACCAGUGCACGGAGGUCACUGCUCCAGCCAAAGUAACACCAGUGUGUGCAUGGUGAGGGGCACUUCAGCCAAGCAGCUGGCCAAGACUAACGGCAUGUCCCUGUCCUCGGAUGACCCUGGCACGCUUCGCCUGACCUACGUGGGCAACUACACCAAUCACUCGGCCACGGCCUUCAAGGUAGUCAUCGAUGCUACCUGCAAUGAAGGUACCAAUGGCCACCACAUGUCCUUACUCAUGGAAGAGCCCUCGCUUGUAGUGUUUGGCUUGUCAACACCCUUGGCCUGUGAACCGCUACCUGCCAAGUGCAUCUUUGAUGAUAUCUACGGCUACGAGUAUGACCUGACACCUCUCCAGCUCCGCACUGGCAACUGGGAGGUGUACCACUCCAAGACCAACCGCCGUUUCCACAUAUCCUUCUGCCAGUCACUGAACCCAAGCCCAGGCUACUCGUGUCCAUCUGGUGCUGCAGUUUGUGAGACAGAUGCCCUGCAACCCAACCAGCCGGGCAUCAGUUGGGGAAAUGCAUACGGUACUCCUACAGUCACCAGCGAUGGUGCUGUGCUUGUGGAGUACCCGAACGGUGGUCCCUGUGCUAACGGCCUACGCACCCGCAAGACCAUUAUCUCUCUCAUCUGCAAUGAUGAGCAGGUUGGCCCCAGUUUUGUGGCAGAGUCAGAGGACUGCGAAAUCCUGUUUGACUUCCAGACACCUGCCGCCUGUCCACUAAAAAUGGCAAAGGGUUCGGACUGCCAGGUGCAAGACCCGCGCUAUGGAUAUGUCUACAACAUGUCUAUGCUCAAAAAUGCCUCUGCCGACUACGAGGUGCACGCUCCUGGCUUCACAUACUUGAUCAACAUCUGCCAGCCUUUGAAGUCUGCGAAGUCUGGGUGUACGGGAGCUGCAAUUUGCCAGACUAAGCCUGACGACGCAGAGUUCAGUGUGGACGCUGGCAAGCCUAACAGCACACUGGUGUACAGAAAUGGCUUUGUGACUCUGACGUAUGCCCAAGGUUCUGGUGGCUGCAAAGGAAGCUUCAAUCGCACCUCUGUCAUCACUUUCGUGUGUGACCACUCAACAAUGGGCUGGCAGGGUCCCGAAUUCUUGUCGGAAUCCGAGGAUUGCACUUACACAUUUGAGUGGCGCACCCUGCUAGCCUGCCCACCGAUCAUUAAGAGUGAAUGCAGCAUCUCGCUUGGCAAGGCAGGCCUGGUCGACUUGUCGCCUCUGUCAAACCCCAGGGAAAACUAUGUCGUGGCAACAGCCAACGGGAUAAAGUAUGUGAUCAACGUGUGUCGCAGCGUCGUCUAUGGCCCUGCUUCAGCCUGUGUGAAAACGGCUGGUGCUUGUGCAGUUCUGAAACCUCAUGUCACCCAGAACAUUGGCCAGGUUCAGUUGCCUCCAGUUUUUGAGGAUGGCAUUGUCAAGAUCAAGUACACAUCCGGUGACAUCUGCCAGACAAGGAGCUCGCGCAGCUCCCCAGUCCGUAUGCAGACAGUUAUUGAGUUCGAGUGUGACAAGAACAUUAAGGCUGGUUACCCUGUCUUGCUUCGGGAAGAAAGGUGCACCUACUACUUCCAGUGGCGCACUGCCUACGCUUGUCCCAUGGCCGAGGAUGCAGUGUACGACAACUGCACGGUUGUUCAUCCGCUUACAAAUGAAGAAUUUGACCUGUCUGUGCUGCGAAGCUUAUACCCUGUUAAUGUGACUCACGAUGGAAUCACUUACUCUAUGAGUGUAUGCGGGUCUCUGCCAGCAGACCUCUGUGGACCAGGAGCUGGCAUGUGUGCCAUGGACAACAAAACCGGCAAGGUCGUGAGCUUGGGCAAGUCCAAUGGGCACAUCCACUUGAUGACCGAUGGAGUGAUGUUUCUGAAGUACAGUGAUGGCGACAAGUGCCCCAGUGACCUCUUCUUGUCUUCUGCGAGACGAAGCAGCGUGAUCCAGUUCAUGUGCGCCUCGGCCGGUCGCUCCCAUUUAGGCCCACAGCUGCUGCAUGUGGACAGUAGCUGCACCUACUACUUUGUGUGGUACACGGAGCGGGCGUGUCGUAGGGUGCUGCACUGCGUUGUCGAGGAAGGAACGGAACAGUACGACCUGUCUCCCCUUAUCAAGUCGACGGGCAGGCAUACAGUGUUGAAUUUGGUGGACCCUGGGUACACAUACUACAUCAAUGUCUGCCAGCCUGUCCACGCCGUGGCACCUUACCACAUGCUUUCCAAUGCUGGCCUCAUCAGGACGUCUAAGACAACGGGCUCAGUGGAGAGCUUGGGAGAAGUGUUCAUGGAGCCCUUUAAUGACUUCGAAGGUCAUGUUACACUUCUCUACGUGAAUGGAUCUCAGUGUGCUUACAACUCGUCGGCGUCCAACAGAGCGAGGGUGAUAUUCAUCUGUGACCCAUCAACAACUGUGGAGGAGCCCGUGCUGUUGGACAUUGACGAGGAAGACUGCCUGUACAUCUUCGAGUGGAGAACUAACCUUGUGUGCCCUGAGGUUAACAAGAAAGCUGUGCCCACUAAAAACUGUACCUUCAGCAUCCCUCAGCAUGGACUUAGCUUUGACCUGUCUGCACUGAAGCCAAACGCUAGCUCCAUGUUUGAGGUGCCUGACCACGAUGGCAAGGGAAAAUUUAUGCUGGACAUCUGUGGCAAAGCGAAGCGUGCCAGCUCUGACUGCGAUGGCAGCUCGGUGUGCUUUGUCUCGGCUGAUGAAAAGAACAACUAUGGAACGCUGAGCUCCUUCACCUACAUUCAGGGGGGUCUGAAGGUUAUGUACACCAAUGGAAGCAGAUGCAAUCGAAGUGAAGCGGCGACUUACUCUGCUGCAGUGAACUUUCAGUGUGAUGAGAAUGCUGGCCUUGGAACACCCGUUUUGGAACAUAGACAUGCUUGCUAUUCAACUUUUGUCUGGAAAACAAACUUGGUGUGCGUGCCAGACCACAGGCAGUGUGUGCUAACAUCCGGUAAUUACACGUACGACUUUGGACUUCUGGCCUCUGUGAGCCAUGUGAAAAACGUGACCGACAAAGAGGGAAACAUAUAUUGGCUCAAUGUAUGCAGCGACAUGAGUGCGGACCACCAGAAUGUUCAGUCUUGUCCAAGCAGUGCAGCAGUCUGUAUGCGUAAAAAGGACCGCGGUGGACAUGACUUCACCAUUGGAAAAGCACAGUCACUUAAACUAUCUUCUCCUGGAUUUGGACAGGUCCAUAUGAUGUACGGUGGAGGGGAUCCAUAUGUCUGCCACAAUCGCACCUCUCAACACCCAUCAACGCUGAUUCUGCAUCAGUGUAUGACCGGUGCCAGUAGCACGGGAGUGUUGGAAUUUGUGCGUGGCCCUACGCCAGAAGAGUGCCUGUUUGUCUUCAGAUGGGAGUCGAGAACAGCCUGUCCUACUGUUCAGGAUAUUGUUUAUCCUGAGAAAGAUGGCAUAAUUGUGGAGAAGAGGCUGAACCUUGCUAUGAACUUGUCUUCUAUAUUGAAUAGUGCAUUCAAUGUGUCCGAAAACCGAGGCAAGGACAGCUACACCUAUAUGGUGAGCCUGGGAGGUCCUGUGGCCACUGGCAUUCCUGGAGCUUGCACGGUGGCCAGCGUGUGCCAGUCCAAGGGUGCUGCUGGCUUUUACAGAGACGUCGGCAGCUUCAGCACCAAGAAGUUUGUUGUCAGAGGAGCGGAUUUGCUGCUUGAAAUGGAGUCCCUGGGCAGCAAAUGUGGCCGAACGAAUAAGAGUGUCAAGUCCAUUAUCAGAUUUGACUGUUCCAAGUCUGCUGGCCUGGGAUCACCGGAGUUUCUUUACGAGUCGGGAAAAUGUCACUACUUGUUCCGGUGGGCAACGGCUCACGUGUGCUAUAAUAAUUUCAUACGACUUGUUGAACCGGACUCGGAUCGCCUUGUCAGUCCAGCAUCCGUGUCAUCUAGUGCCACUGUUGGGAUUGUUACUGCUGCCGUCAUUAUCUUCGUACUUGCGUCGGCUGGCCUGUACCUGAUGAGACACAAGUUGAGGACCUUGGUUGACCUCACUUGUUACAAGUCUCUUGGAGCAAUAAGGGUACCACAGUACCACUAUUCAAAGACCACAUCUCAGCUGCGAAGCACAGAUGAAAAUGGAGACACUGAACUGCUGACGUCGGGCUCCUCCAUGAACUCUGCGGAUGACCCUAACGACACUCACGUUUUAGCCUAGGCGACUGUCGCAUUUCGUCGUGUUUCCCAAUUCUUUGCCUUCACAGGACUCGUGACAGAAACCAGGAGAGCGAGCCUGAUUACACAUGAAUCCUACCUACAGUUUCAUAUCGUGGUGCAUAUGCACCAGUUCGAAAUGAAGCUGCCUGGUUUUUUUCUAGAGUCCUUUAGUUAAGGCUUUUCCUUUUUUUUUUCAGUUCAGGUUGUUGACAGAGCAGGAAGGAGAAGGCAAAGGAAUUGCUCCAUCGUUGUAGUAGCAGGGUGCAAAUUGCUGGAAAGGAAAGUUUGGCAGUGAAAUGCUCCACUGCGGCAAGUAUGUGUCUGAACACGAUGACUGUGAUAACUGACCUCACAUUGAAGCAGCUGUGACCCAUCGCAGCAUCUUCCGUGUUGUGAGAUUUCUAAGCAAACCUAGCUUUUCCAGAGCACAAGACAUUUCUCUUUUUUUUUUUAUUUCUUUGCACUCUCGCAAUGCUGUUGGGUAGACAGAAACUGAGAGAUGCAGUGAAUUCCAUUUUCUUUUUUCCAUUGCCAUUGUUCUCGCUUAGUUUCGAGCUAGUCUAAUGUUCUGUGUUAGGCUCGAGCUGGUCUCAAAGUUACUAUGCACUUGUUCUGGUUUUGCUGCUUCAGUGAUUAACCCUGUUAAGUGCAGCUUUCUGUCAUGUCUAAGCUGCUCUUUCAAACAUUUACGACGGACUUGCCCUCUCUGGUGGGACAGUGUGCCUUGAUCUAGUCCAUGCUGACUCACAAAUACUAUGAUUUCGUAUACUUCAUGCCAUGUGAUCAAUCGCUGUUGACAAGUGGUACAUCGCUGGCCUUAUUAGCCAAGUGUUCAUUUCUUUUCUUUUUUUAUCCUCAAGCCAUAGUUAUUUAGUUGACCUACAUUUGUGGUUUUAUGCACUUGACAUGUUUGCAUUCCAAGCUCAAAUUUCGGAGUGCUUGGCUUUGUCAAGGUCAGUGUUGUGCACUAGAGUAACCAAAAAAAGAGAGACCAGAAUAAUACUUUUUUUUUUCUCUGCACAAGGUAUGCAGACAGAGUGCGGAAUUGACGAGACUGUUACAUGUAUAUACGCAUUUCAUGAGAGAGGUACGUUUGAAUAAAUCUAAUUUAUUACACA